AUGUUAUCCCUCACAAUCCCGAAGCUUGCAGAUGAGCUUUUCUUGCGACCCAUCAUGAUAUCGAUGAACAGCUUGGCCCUGUCGGCCCUUAUGUCAUAUGUGAUGUCCGCUAACGGACGUAUCGACUGGAGACCGAUAACCGUCUGCGUCACGUCCGAUAUCCUUGCCAUUGGCGCUGACCAUCUUAAGGAUAAAGAAAAGGAGUUUUCGUUGGACCGCACUAUCACCAACGACCCAUACCUCACCUGUUGGUUUAUAUAUGCACGAACUUUCCUCACCGCCAACGCUGUGCUCCUUGCAUUGGUACUAUCUCAGUGUCCAAUUUCAACGCUCCUCACCACGGCAAUGUUUGUCGUUCCUGCCUUGCUCUGGACCACUCCGAUCAGCUUCAAGAGGUUUUGGGUAAUCUCGAGGUGCCUCCUUGGGAGGUUUGGCAGUAACAGGCAUCAGCCUUCUACCUCUGCGCCUGUCCUGGUCAUCAAACGCAUUCCUGGCAUGAAAGCCAUUUUUAAUGGCAUCAUUCGAGGGUGUGGCAUCUACGCUGUAGUUUUUUCCGUGUUGUCGGGAUCAGGCAAUCUGACUAACACGCUGCCGUCUCCAUGGAGCGUUGUUCAACUGAUAGUCUGGUCGACCGUUAACCGUUCAUGCCACGCAAUCAUGACGGAUGUCCGUGACUUUGAAGACGAUAUGAAGGCCGGGGUCCCCACUAUACCCGUCCUUCUUGGUUCAAUACUCAAAACCAAGGUUAUAUUGACGGCUUGUCAUAUGCUGGUUAUGUUGGCCUUCAUUGAAAACACAUACAUUAUGGGAAGCUGUUCAUUCGCCGCAGUUUUGGUGUGGAUACUGGGCAGAGACUCGCCAAAAAAAGCGUUCUUGUUGAGCUCCCAUUCGCAGUCCCUGUUUACCAUUUGGUAUUUGUUGACGAGGCAGUAUCCUCAGUCAUAAUCAACAACAUCAGGGAAACGUAAUUCAUUACACAUGAUUACAGAGUGCUACAGAGCGCUCUGUAGCAUUCUGUAGCACGAUCCAACCCGCUGAUGAC